AUGCCCAUAAAACUAUUUGUGAAAGAACCACGGCAGGUUAAACCGAUUAAACUGUAUUUGGAACAAAAUAAUUUGCUAAAUAAAUCAUACAAGAUUCAGAAACAUGAUAAUAUAUUCCAUAUUUAUACACAUCUAGAUGAGUUGCCUAGUGAUUUGACUGGUCAUGAAUUUGAACAAUACAAAGAUGAAACAUCUGAAACUAUUACUCUUUCAUCAAUGAUGGAAAAUUAUUGCAAUAAUAAACAUAUUAACCAAUUGGAGGUUCCUAAACGGUGGUCAAUCUAUCCUCCAAUGGUGUUAUUCAAUUCGUCAAAUAAUGAUGAUAUAUUCAAUCAAGAACAUCACGAAUUCUGGGAAUCGGUUUUAUCACAACAGAAACAUAUAUUUGGAACAUCAAGUAUUACUCAUAUUGCAUUGAAUAAGCCAAUUAUUGAAUCUGAUGUGAUGAGACGUCCACAUAAUUUGAUACCUAUAAUUGGUGAUUUUGGACCAGACUUCCCAAUGGACAAAACACCCACUAAUGAUGAUUUCAAGCAAGCUUUUUGGUGUUCAGUAGUACAAAAUGGAAUAUAUCAAACAUGGGCUCCGAAAUAUACAAUGUUUUCUCGAGGCAAUAUCAAAGAAAAGAAACGAGUGAUGGAUAAUUGGAAAAAGCUAUCAGGAAGUGUUGUUUUCGACUUUUAUUGUGGAAUUGGAUACUUCUCAUUAUCCUAUCUCAAGAAUGGUGGGAAAUUAUUAUGUUGGGAAUUAAACCCUUGGUCAAUUGAAGGGUUCAGAAGAAGUCUUGAAAAAGCUGGUUACAACUACAAGAUAUACACUCGAGAUGACGAUUCUUUUGAUAUCUCAGAUUUAGCGACAGUUGAUGCUUGCUUGUUUAUUGAAAGUAAUGAAAACAUCCCAGAAAGAAUCAAACAUGUCAAGGAUCAUAGUUUGUCGAUCAGUCAUAUCAAUUUGGGAUUAUUACCAAGUUCCAAGGCGUCAUGGGGGAUUGCUGAUGCAUUAAGAGAAAAAUCCAAUAUCGACACCACAAUUCAUAUUCAUGAAAAUGUUCAUAUUGAUGAGUUUUCCAAAAUUCAAUGUGAAGUGCAAAAGAAGUUUAAUCAAGGGGAAAUUCUAUAUUUAGAAAAGGUCAAAACCUUUGCUCCUGACGUGUGGCAUAUAGUGAUAGAUAUUAUAAAUAGAACUUUGAAUUGA